AUGUCAUUGAUCCGAUCAGCAAGCGGUCCUGCUGGUGGUUUAAGCAUCAACACCGGUGCUGCUAACGCCUUCGGAAAUACCGCCUCUAAGCCUUCAGCUGCCGGAAGUCUCUUUGGGUCAUCUGCCUCUGCCACUCCUACCAACACUACGACAACAGCGCAACCCGCAGCAGGCAACAUGUCUCUCUUCGGCGCCGCCGCACAAAAGCCGGGAGGUCUUUUUGGUCAAUCGACAACAGGAACCACACCUGCGCCCGCAUCUGGCGGUGGUCUCUUUGGAAAUGCAGGCGCUACAAACACUCAGCAGACGCAGAGCACCGGUACAGGACUCUUUGGCAGCGCAGCCGCGAAUAACACCCAACAACAAGGUCAGCAACCAACUGGCGCGCCAAUGCAAGGAGCUCACUGGGGAAUAGGAAGCACUCAACAGUCAGCAACUACCGGUACUGGACUCUUUGGUCAAUCGACUCAGCAGAACCAAACCCAGCAGCAGCCUCAACAAACAGGCACAGGUCUCUUUGGACAGGCCGCAGCAACAAACACCCAGAGCAACACAGGAACUGGUCUUUUCGGCCAGUCUCAAGCAAAGCCUGCUACCCCGGCGACUGGUCUCUUUGGCCAAGCUCAGCCCCAGCAGCAGCAGCAACAGCAGAACAACACACUAGGCCAAUCCACGAACCAAGUCUCAGCCGUUCAGAUUAACUAUGACAGCAUCCGCCCACGCAGCCGAUUCGACGAUCUUGCCAAGCCCGUACAAGACGAAAUUGCGCUUCUGGACAAGGGUAUCCAACGAGUUAUCAAGAUGCGAGACGAGAUUGGUGAAUUCAUGCCUCAACACGAAAAGGAUAUCGAACAGCUCGGUCACGACGUUAAGUUCGUCGAGUCCAAGUUCCGUACCGUUCAAGUCGCUCUCAACAACGAUAUUCAGACCGUCAAGGCCCUUCAAGAUCAGACCCGAAAGAACGCUGCCGACGCUCGACUAUGUUUCCGAGGCGCCGACAACCUCAAGCUUCCUACGCACUACCACCAGACUGGUCUCUUCGCUAGCCAAGCACCUGCUGCCGAUACCAACGGCGCCGAUGCUGCGUCAACACAUGCUGAUGCCCAGGAUCUGAUCACAUACUUCAACCGCAUCUGCGACGAUAUCGAAAAAUACAAGGCACGUCUGGAUGAGUACCGUGGAGAUAUUGAAAGAGAUAUGCCUGGAGUCGAAAACGGUCUUUAUGAACAGAUUCGGGCUCUGCGUGAUCGCAGCGCCGGCAGCGUAGUUGUGCAGGAUCAGCUGAACGAGGUGCUGUUGGCUCUAAGAGACACAGGAAGUGCUAUUGUUGCGCAGGCCGGACAGAUUGCUGAUACCCGAGAACGAUUGUCACGCCUCCAGGCUGGCAUCGUGGAUAGUGGAGUUUAUGCCAUGGGUGUGAACGCUUAG